CUGAGCAUCUACUGCCGCCUAUCAUUCACCUCACUGCCUUCAUUCGUUCUCUUACACGGGUCAUAUACACCUAAGAGAGACAUGUCUGGCCAGAGCUCUGCUGGACCAACGUACACAAAAGCCGCUCAUGGCUUCACCCAGGAUAUGCCUCCAAAAGGGGGUUACGCCAAUGUCCCCUACAAGCGGAAUCUUCCCGUACGAGGAGUAUCCGGAGCAGUCAUCAUGGGAACCACGGCCUUGAUCUGCAGUUAUGGAUUCUACAAGAUGGGUCAAGCCAAUAUCGAGAAGAGAGAACUCGAAAGGGAGAAGAAAUGGUCAAGGAUCUGGCUUCUUCCUCUGCUUCAAGCCGAGAUGGAUAGGGAUAUCUACAGGAGAGAACAGGCGGCUUUGGCUAGAGAGAAGAUAAUCAUGAGUGAUGUUCCAGGGUGGGAGGCCGGAAAGAGCGUAUACAACACUCAACGUUAUGUCCCGAAACAGAUUGUUGUUAUGUAAAUCAAAGUUCUCGUGGUCAUGCAAGAUUGAUGGAGGGAUACGGCCAGUAUUCAAAGCGCUGAGCAAACUGCGACUAAUCUCUGUAAAGACUUGAUAUUCUGGGAUCAUCACCGAUGGAAACUCGCUG